CGUUUUAUUAGUUCAUAUAAAUUGGGUUGUUUAGUGAAUAAAAUAUUGCUAUUUUCUACAGCCUAAUCGAAAGAGCUCAUUUUUCUGAGGCAAAGAAAUCGUCCCAAACGGAUCGACAAUCUAACGGUGUUAUAUAUAGCCCUAUGGAUAUAACUAGACCUGUUGCGUCAGCAGAGAACGUACAAGAUAGGCUACUUCAUCCGAAUACAACAUCUCCUGAAGAAGCAUCAAUUAGUACAUUGACUCCAUCACCAUCACCACCAACAUCUCCAUCAAACGCAGCACUGUCGAAACAAGUUAAGAAAAGUUUCCCAACAACACCUCCGCCUAAGAAGAAGCAUCAAACUCACAUACGGCAAUCGGCCGUGCAUCAAACAUCUGCAAUGCAGUCACAUCAGUUGUCACAGAACAAUAAUCUCAUCAAUCCUAUUCAGACUCCUGUCAAUGCCAAUACCGAACAAAUUUUGUCUCUUAUAAAAUCUAAGUCUCAUGAAUCACAAUUUUUGGCUAACCAAUCAAUUACCACAUCAGAAUGCAUAAAUCAAAACGUGGUGAAUUCGAACGACAUAAAUACGUGCGUCCAGACUAUGUCAGCUGGUAAUGGUAGUCUUCCAUCUUCAGGGGCACGAACUCGUUUGUACACUGAUCCCACACCCGAACAUCACGCUAGCGAAUCAGCUGACAGCAUCAUAUCCAGUAUACAUAAUGUAUCUAUACCACCUAAGUCUCCGUGCACACCAAUUAUAACACGUGUUAUGGGCCAUAUGAUUCAACAUCGCUUCACCAAAAAAUUCAAAGUUACAAAAAGCACUUGUGACUUAUGUAAUAAGCAAAUGUUUUUCGGAUUCAAAUGUACAGAAUGUAAAUAUCGCUGCCAUAAAGAUUGUAAAUCAAAUGUACCACCUUCUUGUGGAUUGCCUCAAGAAUUUGUAGAUGAGUUUAAAAAAAGUUUACAAUCCGACACACUAGUUCCAAAUGUAUCACCCAACCUAUGUAAUCGAGUUAUGUACGCAAAAGAUCGAAACCGUGCCCAGUUAAGUGGAAUACAUGGGGGUCCCGACAGCAGUGGUUCAAGUUGUAACAGUUCGUCUCCGUCAAGUCCGGCACUUCUGUCCUUACCACCUCAAACACCUGCUGCUUCUAAACAUUCACAGUUCAACUUUCCGGAAGUUUCAAUUUGUAAUUCUUUCAGCAUGAUUUCCGAUUCAGAAGAAAUAACGCUAGAAACUCACCCUAUCAAUAACAAUAACAGUCGCCAUCCUGGCAUAGAGAUUCCCAGAGUGCAGCUUUCAAAGUUGCCAGAAUCAAAUGAAAGUAAUGAUAGUGAUAAAACCGGUUCAACGAGUGCUGCAAGUACAGAUUCUUCUUCAGAGCGUACUCCGGUUCGAUUGGAUUCUACGGAAGAGAAAGAUAGUGACAAUUGGCCCCGCCAGAACAGUAUGUCUCUUAAAGAAUGGGACAUACCUUACGACGACCUUAAAUUGCUGGAAAAAAUUGGCAAUGGACGGUUUGGCACGGUGCAUCGUGCUCUGUGGCAUGGAGAUGUUGCUGUAAAAUUACUUAAAGAAGAUUAUGUUGCAGAUGAGAGAACACUUGAAGCAUUCAAGUUGGAGGUUGCCACUUUCAAGAAAACACGUCAUGAAAACGUAGUUCUCUUUAUGGGAGCUUGCAUGAAUCCCCCGAGGCUAGCUAUUGUCACCUCACUGUGUAAGGGUAACACACUUUAUACACACAUUCAUAUUCGAAAAGAUAAAUUUAAUUUAAACCGUACUACUAUUGUCGCCCAACAAAUAUCACAAGGAAUGGGUUAUUUACAUGCCAGAGGUAUCGUUCAUAAAGAUCUUAAAACUAAAAACAUCUUUCUAGAAAAUGGAAAAGUGAUAAUAACCGACUUUGGCCUCUUUAGUGCUACUAAAUUAUUGUAUUGUGAUUUAGGAUUAGGUAUACCAAGCGGUUGGUUAUGUUAUUUAGCUCCUGAAUUAAUGCGAAAACUCACCUCCUAUCGUCCAGUAGAUGAAGAUUUGCCAUUCUCUAAGUCCUCAGAUAUGUUUGCUUUUGGAACUGUAUGGUAUGAACUGCUAUGUGGAGAUUUUCCUUUCAAGUCACAGCCUCCAGAGGCUAUCAUAUGGCAAGUUGGUCGAGGUAUGAAACAAACAUUAGCAAAUUUACAAGCUUCUCGUGAUGUUAAGGAUAUUUUGAUGAUUUGCUGGGCAUUUCAAGCUGAUGAUAGGCCAGAUUUUGCAAAGUUAUUGGGGCAGCUUGAGCGAUUGCCUAAAAAACGCCUCGCGCGGUCACCUUCUCAUCCAAUACAAUUGUCUCGCUCUGCAGAAUCAGUUUUUUAAAUGAAUUAUUACAGUUUAAUUAGUUGAAGCAUUUAAAAUAAAUUUUAAAAUAAGGUUUAACCGUUUUUAAAUCAUUGCAGACUAUACUAGAAACUCGUAUUGAUUAGUGCAACAUAUGAAAAAUAAAAUAAAAGCUUUCUACAGUAAAUCUUGGAGUCAAACCAAAUACUAGUGCGUGCAUCGCAAUAUUCAAAUGCUAAUAAAAAUGCAAAAAUGACAUUGUAUAUAAGUUUUCUCAUAGUGUAUCGUAAAUUGUUUCGGAAUGUAACUUUGUAAUAUUGUAUGGUUAAAUAAUUAAUAAACUAUGUAAAUUAUUUAUGAAGCAUUUUAUGAAUUUUUCGUCAUCCGAUUCUCCGGCAACGAUUCUUGGUGGGCUACAACUCGUAGCGGUGGGUCUGCAGGUGCGCAGAUCCAGAGAAUAAACGGAGCGAACGGUAAAGGUUUCGGACAACUGUAAUAGAAAAACGCGGCUGAUCUCUAGCGAAACGUAUUUACUUGUGAACAUUGUGUUUGUAUAACAAAAACCCGAUUUAAUCCACCUAUGGUGAACAGAACCUUCCUUACACUUAUUAAAACUAUUGUUGUAUUAUUUGUAUUUAACAUAUUUAUUUUGUGUGAUGGACCAAAAGUUCUAGAAAAUAUUGUGGAUUUGGCAUCUAGUGAAUUGGUUUCCAAAAUAGCAUCAUGGACCAUGGACUAAACUACCAGAACAGCCAGACACCUUCUAGAAUCUUGUGUGAAAUUAAAAAAAAAAUAGCCUACAUAUUCUGGAAUAUUGUAUCUUUUGUUAACUGCCAAAAGAUCUUGAAUCGAUUAACAAAUGGAUAAGAAAAUCAGCGAGAUAUACUUUGUCUAAUAUCUCUUAAUCAGUCGAUUAAAUCAGGCGUUCGAUUUGAAUAGGUCGUAUGUUUGCUGUAUGUAUUGGGAUUCUAACAAGUCUGUCCUUAACAUAUUGUUAGUUUUCAUAAAAUUCCUGUGUAUUUGUUAUUUGUAAUUUUUUUUGAAAACAACAAUACACUUUGUCAGCAUUAUUUAUUGAAAAUUAAUUUCCCAUAGACUGGUUGAAAACUAAUGCAAGAUAACAAGUAAAUGAAUAGAUUAAUAAAAACCCGAUUUAAUCCACCUAUGGUGAACAGAACCCUUCUUACACUUAUUGAAAUUAUUGUUGUAUUAUUUGUAUUUAACAUAUUUAUUUCGUGCUAUUGACCAAAAGUAGAAAAUAUUAUGGAUUUGGCAUCUAGAGGAUUGGUUUCCAAAAUAUCAUCAUGGACCAUGGCCUAAACUACCAGAAAUGCCAGACACCUAGAAUCUUGUAUGGAAUGUUUAAAAAAUAGCUUACACACGGUCAGAAAAUUCACUCAUUUUGGAGCUAAAGUGGGACAACUCAAAAAUGAGUAUAUUUUAUUUCCAGCGGCCCAAGUGCAAAAAUCUCAUUUGUUUAAGUUGUAUAAUAUUCUUGCUGAUGUGAAGAAUAUUAUACGGCUUAAACUGUUUGGGGUUUUGUACUUGGGCCAGCGCUAUCGCUUUAAAUGCAAUUUACUCAUUUUUUGAGCUGUUCCAGUUUAGCUCAGUUUUGUGUGAAUCUUACUCAUUUUAGAGUAACUUUUUCUUAGCGUGCAUAUUCUGAAAAAUUGUAUCUUUUGUUAACUGCCAAAAGAUCUUGAAUCGAUUAAUAAAUGGAUAAGAAAAUCACCGAGAUACACUUUGUCUAAUAUCUCCUAAUUAGUCGAUUAAAUUAGCUGCGAAGUACUUGGUAUUCAUGGUUAUAGUGUAGAAAGGACAAAAAUGAUAUAUCUACUUAGUUAAUCGGGGUCUCCAUUUAGCCUAGUGGUUAAGGCUAUGGGUCGCCAAUCCGGAGACGGCGAGUUCGAUUCCCGUUCCAGUCGAGAAAAUUUUCUCGACUCCCUGGGCAUAGUGUAUCAUUGUGCUUGCCACACAAUGUACAAUUUCAUGCAAUGGCAGGCAAAGAAAGCCCUUCAAUUAAUAACUGUGGAAGUGCUCAAAGAACACAAAGUUGAAGCGAGGCAGACCAAGUCCCAGUGCGGACGUAGAGCCAUAAAGAAGAAGAAGAACUAAGUUAACCAGUUUUGGCACUAGCUAGUUAUUUUGGCUGUCCGGUUCUUGCAUUUUUCCCACAAUAUAUAAAUUCAAAGCUCUCAUUUAACAUAUUGUUAGUUUUCAUAGAAUUCUUGUUUAUUUGUAAUUUGUUAUUUAUAAUUUUGUUGAAAACAAUAACCUGCUAUAGUAUACACUAUAUAUGAGGUCAGCAUUAUUUAUUGAAAAAUAGUUUCCCAUAUAAUUCUGUAAUUCUAUAAUCUGUAAUCUCAACGCACCCUCUGGCCCCCAUCUGGCCGAUCUGCGCUUUAACCCCCGCUGAGCGAUACGUCUACCGGACGGAGUACGACGAUGUUACAAACUCUGGACUUAAUAAAAAGUGAGUUUCUAAUACCGUUGGUCUAGCCAUCUAGAACCUACAGCUACGGCACAAAUGUUUGAUCCCUAGGGGCGCUGUGUACUCCGUUGAUAAAACGAUUGAUCAAUUACGCACUGCUGUUUCUUUUCUACAUCAAUGGCGUUCUGCAAUCUUAUAAUUAUUCGAGAAUCUCUUUAUUAUUAACUGUUCUGAUAACCUAGUUAUUACAAUCCGAACAGUCGGCACUGAAAAGUAACAGAUUGACAAAUCUAUCAAAAGGUGAACUUGUAGUACUAGAACUAAUAGAACUAAGCUCGUUUUCUAGUUUGAAGCUUUUGUAAGCUUUAAGAUCAGUUUUCUAGUGCUUAUCAUCUAAUUCUGCUAAACCGAACGUUUGCCAACUUGUUAUAGUCAAAAACGAAUUUAAUCAUAAAAGUGAAAUGUGACGUAGUUAAUAAUUGCCAGACUAGAAACAGCAGAUGCGGUUCGACAAGAGGUCAUCCACUAAUCUGUUAUGUGAAAAUAUAGGACAGACAAAAUAUUUGAAUUUUGCAAUUAUUAAUAAUACUACCGCUGGAGGGAGGAAGUAAGAAUUAAGGGAACUAGUUCGAUCGUGGAUGAUCUCUUGCGGCUGUAAAAGAAGGCUGAUUAAUAUUAAUUGAGUUGACCCUUUCCUUCCCACGACUUGUAUGAUAUCCGAUUUUCUGAGCACACGUUACUACUCUUGGUCUAAAUUUAAAUUAAAUUGGUUUUAUAUCAGACUAAUUGAUAUCUAAAUUAGUUGAAUUGUUCAUCAAUAGAUUUGCACUAAGAUUACCUUUCUUAGGAAGCGUCCAUAAAUUACGUCACGCAAAAAUUGCCCAUUUUCAACCCCCCUCCCCCCUAUGUCACACUUUUUGUAUGAGACCGCUGAAAUUUUUGUAUGGGUUGUCACACUUUACUGAACCCCCCCUCCCCCCUAAAAGCGUGACGCAAUUUGUGGACGUUCCCUUAACAAUUUGAACAUUUGAAUGUGAAUAUUACUAUUAAUACGUUUUAUUUAAUCAUCUCCGCCUUUUAUUUAAUGCAAAUAAAUUGUCUUGUUUUUAGAGAAUCAAUGUAACUACGAAGCUGCCGUGGCAAAGAGAGGUUCAUUAAAAUGAUUACUAUAUGUUACCAGAAGGAUACGGGAUAACCGUUGUUUGGGGCGCUUGCUCGCCAUCGCCUUGACCUCUUUCAUUUGCUUAUUGAGCCUUCGCAGGCUCUGGAGUUGCCUCUGCUGCAUUGUCCUCCCCCUGGUCUGGGCUUCAGUCUCACGCUUACUUGCAGUUUUCGCUUCCGCCUUUGCGUGGAGUGUGGCCGACCCACCUCCACUUUCGCCCUCGAAUUACCCUAUCGGCUUUUGAUGAUAUCGACGAUGGAGCUUGAAAUUCCGGACAAAUCUCGGUUUAACGUUUGUGGUUACGAUCGCUACGCUUUUACACGCACAAUGAUAUGAAGCGGGGGUUUGAUUUUUGCUCUGGGCGAUGAAACCUUUCGCGAUAAAUACUAGUUUCUCUCUUUCUUGCAACCCCUGGUGCGUGCUAGACGGGCUUGGUGGUCUAGUGGCUACCGCUUCUGAUUCGUAUGCAGAAGGUCAUGGGUUCAAUCCCUGGCCCGUCCUUUUCAUCCUACUUUGUAUCUUUCUAUCCACUUUCUCUCACUCUCUCUUCUCUACAUAUACAACUCAUGUAUA